UUCUUGCUUUUUUCCCCCACAACCACUUCCGCCAAUGGCGGAAGCGCGUGUAAGUCCCGCCCCGUCUCCUUCGCGACCGGCCGGCAGAGAGUCAGUGUGGCCGCGCCCGCUUCGUUCGUUCGGCCCGGUCGUCUCCUUGGUGACCCACCAAGCCGGCCUGGGGAUGCUCCGCGCGCUGGGCUGCCCGCGUGCCCCGCCGCGCUGGGCUCAGCCGCCGCCCUUGCGACGCUGGCGCGCCGGCCUGGCCCGAGAGAGGAAGGGGCUCGCAAGCCAUGCGGUGACGCCAGUGCCUCUGUCCUACGCCGUGCUGGAUGGACCCUCGCCACAGCCUCCGCUCGUUUUCCUUCAUGGGCUCUUUGGAAGCAAAUCCAACUUCCAGUCCCUGGCCAAAAAGCUGGUGGCCCAGACUGGGCGCAAGGUGCUGACGGUGGAUGCUCGCAACCACGGCAACAGCCCCUACAGCUCGCUCAUGACCUACGAAGCCAUGAGCGCCGAUGUCCGGCUCCUUCUCUGCCAGCUGCAUCUCCAACGGUGUGUUUUGGUCGGGCAUAGCAUGGGUGGCAAGACAGCGAUGGUGCUCGCGCUUCAAGAGCUGGAAUUGGUGGACCGCCUGGUGUGCGUGGACAUGAGUCCCAGUGAGACGACCGCCGUCACCAGCUUCCAGUCCUUCCUCACCGCCAUGAAGGCCGUGGACAUCCCUCGGGGCAUUCCCUGUUCCACCACUCGCCGGCUGGCUGAAGAGCAGCUGCGCCCGGCCAUCCAGGAACCGGCCAUCCGGCAAUUCCUCCUCACCAAUCUGGUUUACACCGAGGACCAAUUCAUGUGGCGCGUGAACCUGGAGGCCGUCUCCCAGCACCUUAAGGAGCUCAUGGGCUUCCCCGAUUUCCAGACCUCCUAUACAGGGCCUGCUCUUUUCCUGGGGGGCUCUAGAUCUGGCUACAUCAGUAGGCCUAUAGCCAACUCUCCACCUCUCCAUGGAACAGUUUCACUGCGUCUGUGUGAUCUGCCUGCAGAAUCUGUAGGAGGACACGUCGGGGAAAUAAGUCAGUUAAUACUCGGCACAGCUUGAUUGAUUAAGCACCGUCAAGUCGGUGUCGACUCUUAGCGACCACCUAGAUCGAUCCUCUCCAGGAUGAUCUGUCUUCCACUUGGCCUUGAAGGUCUCUCAGUGGUGCAGUCAUGGCUGUCAUGAGCGAGUCCAUCCACCUGGCUGCUGGUCGUCCUCUUCUCUUGCCUUCCACUUUCCCCAGCAUGAUGGACUUCUCAAGGGAGCUGGGUCUUCACAUAAUGUGUCCGAAAUAGGAUAGUUUGAGCUUGGUCAUUUGUGUCUUGAGUGAAAAUUCUGGACUGAUUUGUUCAAUGCUCCAUUGGUUUGUUUUCCUGGCUGUCCAUGGUAUCCUCAAAAGUCUUCUCCAGCACCCAAGUUCAAAAGCGUCAAUACUCUUUCUAUCUUGCUUCUUCAAAGUCCAGCUCUCAUAUCCAUAGAGUGCCACGGGGAAAACCACGGUCCGAACGAUUCUAAUCUUUGUAGGCGUUGACACAUCACGGCAUCUGAAUAUCCGUAGAUAUUUAGCACAGCUUAGCAGCAGCAUAUAUCUUUCAGCAGUUAGCAUCACUCCAGCCAUGUCAGAUUCCACCAAAGCAGCCAUCUGUGGCUCAAAACCUCUUAAAUUUUUAUUUGGUUUUUAGUGGUUCUGAAUUGUUUCAAAAUUGUUUUUCUAUUGAGAUGUGUUUUAAAUGGUGUUUGUUUUAGGUUUUUUUAAACUUGUGCACCACCCAAAGCCUUUGGAUGGGGUGCGCUAGAAAUGUAAUAAAGUGAAUGAAUGAAGGAAUAAAAAGAGGUUUCAGUACCA